AUCUUUCACUACCCUUAACCCCCUUCCUCCUCCUCCAUUCCAUAUCUUAAAAAGUCCUUUCCUUUUCCUAUAUUUACACCUCCUUCAACUCAAAUUCCUCCCUUCUUCCCAUCAAUACCAAAAACAAACAACAUGGUUGAUGCACUGGUCUCAUUUGCAAUAGAGAAAUUGGGCAAUGUUCUUGUAGAUGAGGUGGCUAUGUCUGUGCGUGUCACCAACGAUAUUGAAAAGCUUUCCAGUACAUUCAAGUCAAUUCAAGCAAUGCUUGAAGAUGCUGAGUCUCAGCGAUUGAAGAACAAAGCAGUGAAGAUUUGGUUGGAGAAGAUCAAAGAUGUGGCCUAUGAUGUGGACGACAUAAUAGAUGAGUGGACGACGGAAACUCUCAGAUCACAAGCAGCCGAUGAAGGUGAUGUGUCCUGUUUCAGCAAGAACAAUGUAAGAAGCUUCCUCUCCCCUGUUACUUGCUUUAAACAUGUAAUGUUACGCCAUAGAAUUGGAAGUAGGAUAAAGGAGGCAAGGGGUAGAUUAGAUGAUAUUUCCAAAGAGGCGAGACAAUUGGGUCUUAGUGUAGCUAGUGGAGAGAGGGAGAGAGUGGAUACUGUAGUGAGGCAGCAUGAAAUUAGAAAGCGAGAAACAAGUUCUCAAGUUGACAGAUCGUCGAUUGUCGGUAGAGAAGACGAUAAAAAAAAGGUCCUCGACUUUCUGUUGAGGGAGAGUAGUCAGGAGGUAACUGAUGUCCCUGUCGUCAUUUCUAUCGUUGGAAUGGGGGGUUUGGGCAAGACCACUCUUGCUCAGCUCGCUUACAACGAUGAGGAAGUCAAGAGGCAUUUUGACGUGAAAAUUUGGGUGUGUGUUUCAGAAGAUUUUGAUGUGAAAAGGAUUACGAAAUUAAUGAUAGAAUCCGCAACAGGGUCUCCUUGUAAUCUUGAAGGGUUGGACCUGUUGCAAAGUCACCUUCGCGACAUCUUGCAUUCAAAGAGAUUCUUGCUUGUCCUUGAUGACAUUUGGAGUGAAGAUCGUAGGACAUGGGAUGGAUUGAGACUUCCCUUCCAAGCUGGUGCAUUAGGGAGUCGAAUUGUCAUAACCACUCGAAGUGAAAAUGUUGCAAGGGCGAUGAGAAACACCCACAUGUGCAAAUUGGAGGCCUUAUCAGAUGACGAAUGUUGGUUAUUGUUCAGCAGUGAAGCGCUUGAGCAUCGGAGUACAACAGAGCGUUCGGAGUUAGAAGAGAUUGGAUGGAAAAUCGUAAAAAAGUGUGGAGGCGUACCACUUGCAGCAAAGACACUAGGAAGUGCCAUGCAGUCGAGAACGACGAGAAGCCAGUGGGAGCUCGUGUUGGAAAGCGAAAUAUGGAAUUUAGUUGAUGUCAUGGAAGGAAUUUUACCAGCUUUGUUACUCAGCUACUACGACUUGCCUCCUGCUCUGAAGCAGUGCUUCACAUACUGCUCUAUUUUCCCCAAAGAUUGGGAGAUAGAGAAGGAUAAAAUAGUUAAGUUAUGGGUGGCACAAGGCUUCAUCGGCUCCGACACAAGCAAAGAUAUGGAAGAAAUUGGUGGGGGGUAUUUUGAUGAUUUAUUAAAACGUUCGUUACUCCAAGAUGCAGUAAUGGUUGAUGAUAAAAUAUUCGAGUGCAAGAUGCAUGAUUUAGUUCAUGACCUAGCGCAAUUUGUUGCAGGAAAUGACUGUUCGAUUAUGAAGAUCACACAAAGGGCCAUUUUUAACCUAAACAAGGUCCGCCAUUCUUCUUUACCAUUCCCUGGCCCAGGUGCAUUUGAAGUGACCUCAAUUCCAUCCAGCUUUUAUAAAGUCCACAAGUUGCGAACAUUGCUAAUCUUCCCAGAGUCAGAGCUUUCGAUCUAUUUUGCUUUGCGAUUGUUGAAAAUGUCGGAAAUGGAAAAAGUAAGAAGCUGCAGUGUCCUCCACAAUUUAUUUCAUCAUUUACGAUGCCUUAGGGCAUUGGAGAUGAGUGGAACUAAGAUUUCAAGAUUACCUCGCACAGUAAGACAGUUGAAGCAAUUGAGAUAUCUCGAUUUGUCUGACUCAAUGAUAGAGGAGUUACCCGAGGAGUUGAUUGCUUGCAAAAAUUUACAGAGCUUGAUACUCAAUUUCUGUCGUUUCCUAAAAAGACUGCCUAGAGAAAUGAGGAAAUUGAUUAGCCUCAGACAUCUAGAACUCAGAGGUACGGAGCUGGGGUACUUACCCAAAGGGAUAGGGAGACUAACUUCUCUUCAGACGUUAACAGAUUUCAUUGUGGGUGGUAACGAUGGAUGUGAGUUAGGAGAACUGAAACACCUUAAACUCCUUCGGGGACUUCUUUAUAUAUCCCAAUUGCAAAAGGCGUCAAGUCAGGAGGAAGCAAAGCAGGCAGAAUUGAAUGAGAAGAUGCAUCUUCAUACUCUUAUCUUAUCCUAUUCAUAUGGAGAGGUAGUGGGAGAUGAAGAGAAGAGGAGAGCAGAGGUGGUGCUUCAAGGACUCCAACCCCAUACAAACUUGAAAGUGUUGAAGAUAUGGCAUUACAGAGGUUCCAAGUUUCCCGAUUGGAUGGGGGAUCCUUCUUUCUCCAAUCUAAUCAGCGUCGAACUGUCUGAUUGCACCGAAUGCGAAGAGCUACCACCUCUCUGGAAUCUCCCCAUGCUCCGUGAAUUGCAGAUCGUCGGUUGUCCACUCUUGAAGCAGCGGUACAAAAUGGGUGGAGAUGACAGGCACAAGAUUGCACAUAUCUCUGAUCUCCGCAUGUCGUAG